AUGGGAUUUUCGCUGCUCCCCCCAAACACUCGAGAACUGUGGAAGGAGUGGGAGCUGCGGUUCCUCGUCCUCCUCAGCUUGUUCCUCCAAUUGACCCUUGUGACUCAGGGCUACCGGAGGAAAUCCAUCUACAGGUACUGGAUCCGAAUCGUGGUCUGGACGACGUACCUAUCGGCCGACUCCAUCGCAACCCUCACGCUCGGCGUCCUCUCGAACCGCCUGGCCAACAUCAAGGAAACGAAGGGGACGAUCGAUGCGAAGAGCCAGAUCACUGCUUUCUGGGCGCCGUUCCUUCUCGUCCACUUGGGUGGGCCUGACACGAUCACCGCGUAUGCCCUGGAGGACAAUGAGCUAUGGUUGAGGCAGGUGGCGCGGCUUUGCGUCCAGGUAGGACUAGCUUGUUACAUCUACUUCAUGGCCUUGUCAGGGUCUACGCUGUCGAUAUUAGCAGCUGGGAUGAUCCUGAUGGGGUUCAUCAAAUAUGUGGAGAGGGCAUUGUGUUUUUACUUGGCAAGCGAAGAUCGACUUCGAGAUUCGAUGCUUUCGCUUCCCGAUUUUGGUCCCAUAUACCCCAGGAUAAUGGAGCAGUACGCUCUGAAGAAAGAGGAGGGUUACCGAGUUGGCAUUGCCGAGGUCACGGAGGUCCCGGCUCCAGAGGACCUCUCAGCCUCAGUGAACAGCGGUCGAGCCGGCGACGAAGAGAAACCCACAACUCUGGUCAAAGCCUACGAGUUGUUCAAGAUCUUCAAGCUUCUCUUCGUGGGCCUUAUCCUCAACUCUGGCGAAUUGGCGGCCAGUAAGCGCAUGUUCAUGAACCCUGCCAUGGACUCGGUGACGGCUUUUAGGAUCGUAGAGAUUGAGCUCGGGUUCAUGUACGAUCUGCUCUACACCAAGGUGCUGUUGCUGAACCGUGCUUGGGGCACCAUUCGUUGGGUCAUUAAUCUCUCGGUGCCGUGCGCCGUGUUAGUAUUCUUCUCCUUACAGGAUAGGAAGGAUUACCCCAAAGUUGACAUCUAUAUCACCUUCUUGCUGAUAUGCGUGGCUAUACUUUUAGAGAUUUACUCGGUUCUUCUCGCAUUUUCAUCCGAUUGGGUUGACCACUGGCGGCUUCAGAGACCUGGCGGGUCCACAAUAUCAUCUGCCGUGGCUUUUCUCCAGAUCUGCCCGAACCCAAGGUGGUCGAAUUCCGUGGCCCAGUUCAGCCUCUUGGGAUUAUCUAUCAGGAAAAGAAACAAGAUCUUCAGCAAGUAUCCGAAGCUUGCCAAGUUAGAUGAGAAGUUGGAGAAGAACUUCUGCGUCGGUUACAAAGAGUUCAAGAGCAAUAUCAAAGAAUGGACCUUCCAUCACAUGAGGGGUACGGUCGAUCAUCUGGGAAAAAAGGGCAGAAUGAAGAGCGUGAUGACGAGUCUUAAGCUGGAGGCUAGCGAAGAACUGAAGACGUCAAACAACGAUGACCUGAUGUGGAGUGUGAACGAUAUGGAGUUCGAACAGAGCAUCCUCAUCUGGCACAUCGCCACCGAGCUGUGCCACUACAAGGACCUCGACGAGAUGCAGAGAAAAUACGCGGAACACAUCACGGACUACAAGAUGAGUAAGCUGGUCUCUCGGUACAUGCUCUAUCUUUUAGUACUCCAUCCUUCCAUGUUGCCAACAGGGAUAGGGGUGCUCCGAUACGAAGAUACUUCCGUCGACGCUCAGAAGUUCUUCGACGACAAGCUAGCGGUGUUGUCAAAGAAAGAAACCAGCAUCAACCCAUCGGUUGUCAAGACGUGGGCGCAGAAUUUAUUCAAGAAAGAGAAACAUGGCCACACCCGUGUUAAAAGCUGCGAAAAGGCGCACAAGUCAGCAGAGUCGCGCGAUCUAUGCGAAGUCUGCCAUCUUCUGCUCCAUGUGGGAACUCAGUUGCCCGCCACGAAAAUGCGCGGUGGCAAAAGCAGGUCGGUGCUGUUUGAUGCGUGCCGUCUCGCAUCCCAGUUGAAUAAACUCGAGCCAGAAGACUUUGGUAGGAAAUGGAACUUGAUCGGCAAGGUCUGGGCGAAGUUUCUGAUAUACGCAGCUUGCCAAAGCAAAGGCUUUGAACACUCGGAGAGCCUGAGCAGAGGAGGAGAGCUUAUCAGCCAUGUCUGGCUUCUAAUGGCGCAUCUCGGCGUAGCGGAGCUGGUGCAAACUUCCGAAGCACAAUGCAUUACCAAACUGACCCUGAACUAG